GAACAUUAAAGUGAUUAUGAAGUAUAGAACGUGAGAAAGACAAUGUUGCUGCCUGUGCUUAUUUCCAUUCAAGUGGCGUGCGUCUGCUACGUGAAAUUGGCCAACGCGCAAACCGCACAACCGGUGAGUUCGGAGCCCGAGUUCGUAAUCAGACUUGGCGGGAUUUUCAGCAUCUAUCCCCGGCGGAACGACGAACACUGCGACGAAACAAAAGUGCUACGAUCCAGUAAUCAGUUUUUAGAAAUGGCAAUUUACACGAUCGAACGCGUGAAUAAUGACGUCACAAUGCUUCCUGGUGUGACGUUAACAAUCGACCCAAUGGCGGAUUGCACGAUUGACACUCGCGCAUUGAAAGAGAUUGUUCAAAAUUAUUUGCCGCAACAACUUUCCCAACAAAGUACCCGAAAUAAUUCUUAUUGGGGUGUGAUUGGUCCCAGUUCUAGUGCAGUUUCCAUACCAACAGCAAAGUUACUUGGGUUGUUUGAUUUUUCCCAGAUAAGUUAUGCAGCUACCUCACCAAACCUCAGCGACAAGCAACGUUAUCCAUAUUUUUUUCGUACAACUUCAUCUGACAAGUUUCAGGUCCGCGCCAUAAUUCAAGUUUUGCAGAUGAAUGGAUGGGAAUACGUUUCAUUUAUUCAUGACAAUGACGAUUAUGGUAACGCGGCUUCAGAGGAAUUUCAGAAACAAAUUACUGAAACUAACAUCUGUUUAUCAGCAAACAUCAGAUUUCCCCGGAAUGCAGGAAAGAAGGUUAUCAACGAUGUGGCUCAAAGUUUGAUUAGGGAAACUAGAUCCAGAGUUAUAAUUGCGUUCGCAUCCAUACCAUACCUUGCACUUCUCAUGUCAAGAUUGAUAGAACUCGGGUACGGCAACCGGUUUCAAUGGAUUGGUUCUGAUAUUUGGAAUGGAUUUCAAGUCCAAGAUCUCCAACAGUUUCUCAAUGAUACGAAUGAUGAAGCAUUACAUCAAGUAAUGGAUGGAUCUUUGUCAUUCAGUGGACACUCAAGGCCAGACCCAGAAUUUGAAAAUUAUCUUAAGCCAAUCACAUUGAAUGAAUCGUUGGACCGUAACUUGUUUUACGCACAUUAUUUAGCAUCGUUACAUGGCUGUUCACUACCCGGGAGUUCCAGUGUUCAACAAAACGUGUGUCUUGGAAAUCUGACACUUCCCAAUUCAACAGAACUCUCUCACAUGCUCCAGACAUCAGCGAAUGCAGUUCUUGCUUUUGCUCAUGCCUUUAAUGACGCGCAACAAGAUUUAUGUAAUGGGACCGGAGUUCCUGUGUGUGAUGCGUUCACCAAGCUAAAUGGAAUACAAAUUCGAAAGUAUCUUCAAAAUGUUUCUUUUAUCGAUGGAAACCAAGAACGCUUUCAAUUCGAUCAGUUUCAAGAUGGUCCUGCUUCUUAUGACAUAUGGAGAUACAAUGGAACGGAACAAAAAUGGAAGCUGGUUGGUUAUUAUGCUAAAGAAAAAAUUACAUUUACCGACAACCGUAGUGAAAAGGGCAGAGGAAACAUAACAUCAGUAUGUAGUGAUCCGUGUGCACUAAACCAAUACAUGCUUGUUAGUGAGGAGCGUUCAUGCUGCUGGCAUUGUAUAACUUGUAAAGAAAACAGCAUUGUCAUUUAUAAUGUGUCGAAUAGUGGAAGAAAUGUGUCAAAGUGUCAAUCAUGUGGCAAUCAACAAAUGACUGACAGCACUUUCCAAACCUGUCUUCCUGUACCUGUUGAUUAUCUCUCUUUUAGCCAUGGAUGGGCAUGGGGUGUUAUAUGCGUCAGUUGUGUUGGACUUGUACUCACAAUAUGUACUGGCAUUGUAUACAUUUGUCACUGGGAUACUCCCAUUGUAAGAGCAUCUGGAAGGGAAUUAUGUUGCAUGAUAUUGGUUGGACUUCUUUUGACUUUUACUCUCUCAUUUUUCUUCUGUUUUGAACCAACAAAACCACUCUGUGUUAUGAGGCGUCUCAGCACAGGCCUAUGUUUAACUCUUGUUUAUUCUGCUAUCCUUGUUAAGACUGUUCGGAUCUCACUUAUAUUUAACACACUUGGAAAGAAACUUGUGAGGGAUUACAAGAAACUAUUAAAACCAAUGCCACAGUUGAUAAUUGCCAUUGUACUUUCGGCUGUUGAAGUUUUUCUUCUAAUAAUAUGGUUUGUGAUGCAACCACCAAAUAUUGUCAAGUCAAGAUCUCACAAAGAGGGUUUACCUCUUGAUUAUGUUCAAUGCCAAGCCAUGAUGAGCCAAGUUAUACUUAUUGGUCUGUUUUACCCAAUUCUACUUGUACUCGUUUGUACCUACUAUGCAAUCAAAGUGCGUAAAGUACCUGCUGGCUUCAACGAAGCAAAACACAUUGGAUUUGCAGUUUAUACAGCUCUGGUUAUCUGUAUUGCACAGAUUCCAACAUAUGUUGUGAAUACAUCAAGUAACAUUGUGCUCCGUGACGCAAUCUAUUGUCUUGGACUUUCCUUGAAUGGUCUCGUCAUAUUGUUUGCCAUGUUUGGUCCCAAAACCUACAUCAUUAUAUUUCGUCCACAAAAGAAUAACCAAACCACAGUCAUGGGACACCAAUCUGGAUCUCGAAACCAGUCAAGUACUUGGCAUCAGAGGAGUGUCUCAGAAGAGGGGGUUACCCAGGUUGCAGCCCCCAAAACACCAGAAAUAAAAAGGAAAACAAAUGUUAGCUUUUUAAACAACAACUCCAACAAUAUAUCAACCGAUUGGGGGCGCUAUGGAGAUGGUGACAUUGACUUUGACGUCACAAACUGCAAUGUGAUAUCCAACAUGGCAAUGAAAAAUGUUACAAUUGUGCCAAAUCCACUGACCAAAUUUGAAGCAAACGGGGAAGUGACGUCACAACAACGUAAUCAUUCCGUAUCUACUGUAAACAGCAACGUGAUACGAAAUGAUGACGCUUUUAAGAACGGUGAUGACGUAUCCAUGACGUCAGUGGACAGUAGCGAUUGGAAGAGGACGUUUAUGAAAAGUUAUGACAUUCUUGCAAUUUCCAUUAAAAACAAACCUGUUACGUCAUCUGAUGAUGACGCAAUAGAUAUUGAAGGAACAAAAGAAAGCCGCCGUGGGUCGUUUGAAAAUGAAACUUUCCCAACGCAGUUGUCGAGUUUCGAAGAUCGCCCGAAACAUAGAAAAUGUUCCAGUGCGUCGGGGAACAUUCUAAAAGGGUUCGACAAUCCUGCAUUUGAAUUCCCGAACGGGAUGACGAGAACGCGAAGUUUUCCAAACAAUGCAGAUGCUUUCCGAAAUCGGAAGCAAAGUCGCGUCAUUACCAACGGAUCGCUAGUUCCUACGUCAUCCAUUAAACCAGAAUUACGUCUUCAAAAUUAUUUAUAAAUGUUCUUGUUUUCGUACAAUUUCAUAUAUUUUUAUCUUUUAUUAAAGUAAAUCAAGCUUUUUACAGAAUGCACAUUGUUCUUUAUCGCCAAAGUAACUAUGCAAACGUAUUCUGAACUUGCCAUUUAAUCCAUUGUCUUAAUUACGUGCAAAAAAUAAAACUAUUUUAUAAAACAA